UGAUUGUCCCGAAGACUAACAUAAGCAUUUCUAGAUGUAUUAUUUAACAUGUUGAUUAAGUAACUAAGCAUUUCCGUAACUUCAGCUCUGGAGGGAAAAUUCCCGGGCACCAAAAGGCCGCUGUUUAACGCAGCACUUGCUGCGAGUUCGGCAUCUUGAGGUGAUUCCGUUCCGCUAACGCUGCUCGCUCCACUCCGGGUUUUCCUCCUCCGUGCGCCUUACCUCUCCGCCCGACUCCUCGCUUCUGCAUUGCUGUACUACAAGCAGAUGUUCCUUCAGCAAAAAACCAUAAGAAGAUAAAUAAGGAAAAUAGUUGACGCGAAAUUCUUGCUGCACAGAGGUGGUGUACAGCAACCAGGGCGCCCCUGACAGGACGAAGCAGACUUGUGCGUGCCCUCGGCGGGGGAGCGAGGCGGGCGGCGCGGCGACCCUCCUUUAUUUACCACACCUGUGAUGCGCUGUCUCUGAGCAACGAGGACGCGCGGCGCGGGCACCCAUGGGCACGGGGCCGGAGCAGGAGCAGGGCGUCUGCUGAAAAGGACACUUUCACGCAGGGCUACUGAACCAGACGGAGCUACGUCGCAGCCGCGCUUGGACGUACGGAACAAACUGGCUAGUUGUCAAGGUUCAUUUUAAUUUUGCCGAUCGCCCUCUUGAAAACUUCUCCGUCCUUAUUACCAUGCUGGUACAUGUGGGUCGCCGUUCCGGCCAGAGCUGCGGAAUACCGCUGCUGGGGAGCCUGCUUCUCGUGGCAACGUUUACCUGCGUCGAUUCCCAACACGUUGCCACUGUGACAAAUCCCCUUCCUGCAGCAUUCUCGGACCUUCUGCCUCACUUCCUAGUGGAACCUGAUGACGUCUACAUCGUUAAGAACAAGCCUGUUACCCUCACGUGCCGCUCCACACCAGCCACGCAGAUAUACUUCAAGUGCAAUGGGGAAUGGGUGCAUCAGGAUGACCAUCUGAUUGAACGCACAGUCGACCCUGCCACAGGUCUGCCAGUAAUGCAGGUGAUGAUUGAUAUCUCCAGGCAACAAGUGGAGAAAAUCUUUGGGCUGGAGGACUACUGGUGCCAGUGUGUGGCCUGGAGCACCACAGGAACCCAGAAGAGCCAAAAGGCAUAUGUGCGGAUUGCUUACCUGAGGAAGAACUUUGAGGAGGAGCCUUUGGGUAAGGAGGUGGCGCUGGACCAGGAGGUGCUGUUACGCUGUCACCCUCCGGAGGGUGUCCCCACAGCAGAGGUGGAGUGGCUGAAGAAUGAAGAAGUGAUUGACCCCUCUGCUGACCCCAAUUACCAUGUCACUGCUGACCAUAACCUGAUCAUCAAACAAGCGCGUCUGGCAGACACGGGCAACUACACCUGUGUGGCCAAGAAUAUUGUGGCAAGACGCAGAAGCUCCUCAGCCAGUGUCACUGUUUAUGUCAACGGCGGCUGGUCCACAUGGACAGGGUGGUCGGCCUGCAGUGCCACCUGUGGUCGCGGCUGGCAGAAGAGGACCCGAAGCUGCACCAACCCAACCCCUUUGAACGGAGGGACCUCCUGCGAGGGGCAGAGUGUCCAGAAAAGCGCCUGCACUGCCACCUGUCCAGUAGACGGAGGCUGGAGCGAGUGGAGCAAGUGGUCAGCAUGUGGCGCCGACUGCACAGCGUGGAGGAGUCGUGAGUGCACACAGCCUGUGCCCGGUACCGGUGGGAAGGACUGCCAAGGCCUGGACCUCCAGUCUCAGAACUGCACCAGCGAGCUGUGUCCACAGACUGCUUCAGGCCCAGAGGAUGUGGCCCUGUAUGUAGGCAUUGUGGCCGUGGCCCUUUGCCUCUUGCUCCUGCUUAUCGUGGUCGUCCUGGUAUACCGCCGUAAGAAGGAGGGCCUGGAUGCUGAUGUGGCUGACUCCUCCAUUCUCACAACUGGCUUCCAGCCCGUGGGCAUCAAGCCCACCAAGCCAGAGAACUCCCAUUUGCUUACCAUCCAGCCCGACCUCACCACUACUACAAGCAGCUACCAGGGUAGCCUCCGCUCUCGGCACGAGAUCACCGGCAAGUUCUCUGUCACCAACGGGCCCCUUCUGGACCCCCUGCCCAAUGGGUCCCACACACUCCAUAAUGGAAAGCUUCCUUCGGACCCAGCCGAAUUCAUGAAUCGACUCUCCGCUCAGAGUUAUUUCAAAACUCUGCCACGUGACACAGCCAACACCUCCUAUGGCACCUUCAACUUCCUUGGGGGGCGGCUAACCAUACCCAACACAGGAGUCAGCCUCCUCAUCCCACCAGAAGCUAUUCCCAGAGGAAAAAUAUAUGAGAUUUAUCUAACUGUUCAGAGAAAGGAAGAUGUACGGUUACCCCUGGCUGGCUGCCAGACGCUGCUGAGUCCUGUCGUGAGCUGUGGCCCACCAGGCGUCAUGUUGACCCGACCCGUCAUUCUCAGCAUGGACCACUGCUCAGAUGCCAGCCCUGAGAACUGGACCAUGAGGUUGAAGAAGCAGUCAUAUGAGGGCACUUGGGAGGAUGUGCUGCAGGUUGGAGAAGAGCUGCCCUCUGACCCUUAUUACUGUCAGCUAGAGGCGGAGACUUGCCGCAUCUUCACUGAGCAGCUGGGCCGCUUUGCCCUUGUUGGAGAGUCCCUCAGCAUGGUUGCCGCCAAGCGCCUCAAGCUUCUUCUCUUUGCCCCUGCGUACUGCACCACACUGGAAUACAGCAUCCGCGUCUACUGCAUGGAUGACACCCAGGAUGUACUGAAGGAGGUGAUGCAGAUGGAGAAGCAGCUGGGAGGUCGGCUGAUCGACGAGCCGCAGGUCCUGCUCUUCAAAGACAGCUACCACAACCUGCGUCUGUCCAUCCAUGACAUGCCCCGGGCCCACUGGAGGAGCAAACUGCUGGCCGCGUACCAGGAGAUCCCAUUCUACCACAUCUGGAGUGGCUCCCAGCGCAGCCUCCACUGCACCUUCACCCUGGAGCGCCUGAGCCUGAGCACCUGCGAGCUCACCUGCCAGCUGUGUGUGUGGCAGGUGGAGGGGGAGGGCCAGAGCUUCAGCAUCGACAUCAACAUUGCCAAGGACAGCCGGCCUCUGGACAGCGAUUUUCUGGUUUUGGACAACAGUGCCCCAGCUCUAGCAGGCCCCAGUGCGUUCCAAAUUCCGUACCUGAUACGACAGAAGAUAUGCAGCAGCCUGGAUGCGCCAUGCCCCCAUGGAGCAGACUGGAGGCUACUUGCACAGAGACUCAAACUGGAGAGGCACCUCAAUUUCUUUGCAUGCAAAGCCAGCCCCACCUCAGUGAUCCUGGACUUGUGGGAGGCCCAGCAUUUUCACAGCGGCAACCUCAACCAACUUGCUGCCGUCAUGGCGGAGAUUGGCAAGCAGGAGGCCAUGAUCUUUCUGGUAACAGAUGGGGAGUGCUAGCCCAAGAAGCAUAGGACGAGGAGGGGACAGCUGAGUGUGAACAGAGAACACACCGAUGGGAGGGGGUGAGAGGUGUGGGAGCUGGAAACCCCCCCUUUCCCCCACCACCCCUCCACCUAACAGGAAACAAAAACACAGGGUUCGCAAUCCAUUUCCCCAUUCCCUCUUUACAAAAGAAUUCAACCGAAAUGCUCACAAGUUCCAGCAGAGUCAACUAGGGUAAUUAUUUUGAAAAGGUGUUGUUAUCAAAGCAGAACUUUUUUAGUAAUGUAGUUUUUGUUAAAAAGAAAAAAAAAACAAGAAUAUAUUAAGCAAGAUUCUUUCUUAAUGGAAAAUAAGUGUAUUGCAUAUCCAUCCUGCUGUUCACAAAGAUGCAAGACUUGGCUAACAACACCUUGGGGAUAUUUCACAGAUCCGAGUCGUCCUGUGACCUCUCAA